AGAACAGAACAAUACACGCCCACCAAGCACGCGCACCUUGGCCAGCACUAGCCAGGGUCCCCAGAGCCCUGGCCGCGCCCACCUACCGCACUGACACAGGCCUGGAGUGCGCCCCUGGAGGCACCGAGGCAGAUCCUGGAUGGUAUCAAUUCUCCCCUAGGAUUCCAGCAGGAAACCGCGCUCCCUGACACCCCCCACACAGCUGGAGGUGCUGAACUCCAUGUGGACACACCUCCCUGAUACCACCCCUGCUGCAGGCUACAACAUGGCUGCCCAGAACAGAACCGUUAGCUUUGCACCUGGCUUGAAUCUGCCUCAAGACCAUGCCUCCUCCCUCCCCUUCAACUUCAGUUACAGCGAUUACGACCUCCCCCUGGAUGAGGAUGAGGACAUGACCAAGACACAGACCUUCUUCGCAGCCAAGAUUGUCAUUGGCGUGGCUCUGGCAGGCAUCAUGCUAGUCUGUGGCGUCGGCAACUUUGUCUUCAUUGCUGCCCUCGCCCGCUACAAGAAGCUACGCAACCUUACCAACCUCCUCAUUGCUAACUUGGCCAUCUCAGACUUCCUGGUGGCGAUCGUCUGCUGCCCCUUUGAGAUGGACUAUUACGUGGUACGUCAGCUUUCCUGGGAGCACGGCCACGUGCUUUGCGCCUCUGUCAACUACCUUCGUACGGUCUCGCUGUAUGUCUCCACCAAUGCCCUGCUGGCCAUCGCUAUUGACAGAUACCUGGCCAUUGUCCACCCCUUGAAGCCGCGGAUGAAUUAUCAGACCGCCUGGUUCCUGAUUGCUUUGGUCUGGAUGGUCUCCAUCCUUAUCGCCAUCCCAUCUGCCUACUUCACCACCGAAACCAUCCUCGUUGUUGUCAAGAACCAGGAAAAGACCUUCUGUGGCCAGAUCUGGCCGGUGGACCAGCAGCUCUACUACAAAUCCUAUUUCCUCUUCGUCUUUGGCCUUGAGUUCGUGGGCCCAGUUGUCACCAUGACCCUGUGCUAUGCCAGGAUCUCCCAGGAGCUUUGGUUCAAAGCUGUACCUGGCUUCCAGACGGAGCAGAUCCGCAAGCGGUUGCGCUGCCGCCGCAAGACCGUGCUACUACUCAUGGGCAUCCUCACGGCCUAUGUGCUGUGCUGGGCACCUUUCUAUGGCUUUACCAUCGUGAGAGACUUCUUCCCCACUGUGUUUGUGAAGGAGAAGCACUACCUCACCGCCUUCUACGUCGUUGAGUGCAUCGCCAUGAGCAACAGCAUGAUCAACACUGUGUGCUUCGUGACGGUCAAGAACAACACCAUGAAGUACUUCAAGAAGAUGCUGCUGCUGCACUGGCGGCCCUCUCCCUAUGGCAGCAAGUCGAGCGCUGACCUUGACCUCAAAACCAGUGGGGUGCCGGCCACGGAAGAGGUGGAUUGUAUCAGGCUGAAGUAGCCUGCUGGUGAUGCCCAAGGGAAAACAAAUUCGGUACUCAGUGUAUCACACACCAUCAACCACUCACGAGCUACAUGAGAAAAGACAACAGUAUUCAUGCUCUCCUGCCCAAAUGUAUCUGGAUGCUCCUAUGUCCUAACAUAUGGCACAACUGGUACCUGUGUAACACCUUGAGAGACAAGACACAAAUGGCA